UGUACGUUCUUAUCCCAAUAAUCUGUAGCAGCAUCCAAAGCAAUAGGAUUUCGAAUAAUAAAACCAUUUCUUCUCCUAUGCUAGCAAUAACAUAUAUUGCACCCAUCGCACUUUGAUGAGAAUGGCCACGUUCUUUGCAGUAAUCAGAGGCUCAGAGACUAACUCAUCCUUCUCCAUUAAUUUUAUUACUUCACUUUCAUUGGUGAACUUUCUCUAAGGCAAUUUGUAUGAUCAUCCAGAUCCUCUUUCAAAGAUUGCUCAUCACUGAAAUAUAGCAGAGGGAGACAAACUCAAACCAACCAAAGACUAAAGAAAAGAAAAAAAAGAGCUUCCACAAUGGUAAGCGCUGCAAUUGCUCGUAACGUCGUCGGCGUAAUAGGCAAUAUCAUUUCCUUUGGCUUGUUCUUUUCACCUGCUCCAACUUUCUAUGGAAUUGUAAAGAAGAAGACGGUGGAGGAGUUCAAGCCAGAUCCUUAUAUAGCAACGGUGUUGAAUUGUGCGUUUUGGGUGUUCUAUGGAAUGCCUUUUGUGCACCCAAACAGCAUUUUAGUUGUCACUAUCAACAGCGUUGGGCUUGCGUUCGAGUUUGUCUAUCUUACCAUAUAUUAUGUCUAUGCUACCAACAAAGGACGGAAAAAGCUACUGAUUUUUCUUCUCAUCGAGGUUGUUUUCUUUGCUGCCGUUGCUCUUAUAACAAUGCUGGCAUUGCAUGGUACUCGCCAAAGGUCGUUAGUGGUUGGUGUUCUCUCUGAUAUCUUCAAUGUUAUGAUGUAUGUCUCCCCUCUUACAAUUAUGGCAAAGGUUAUAAAAACUAAGAGUGUGAAAUACAUGCCAUUCUGGCUCUCUCUGGCUAACUUCCUUAAUGGUGCGUGUUGGACAACAUAUGCUCUCAUCCACCCAUUUGACCUUUAUGUCCUGAUCAGCAAUGGUAUCGGAGCAAUCUCUGGGCUUAUUCAGCUUAUAUUGUAUGCUUGCUACUGCUCUUGCAACAGUAAAAAUGAUGAGGAUGGUGAUCAAGAUUUGAAACCAAGUGGCUUUCAGCUCUCUAACUUAAACGGAAGAGCUGCAGUAGUCUGAUGUCACAUAUAUCAACAUCCGUUUAAAACCUUUCUUUUUCUUUUUUCUUUUUACUCCUUCUUGACCUUAUAUUUAAUCCUUUCUUUUUCUUUUUUUUUUAACUCCUUCUUGACCUUAUAUUUCUAUCUGUCCUUUAAAUUUCAAUGUCAAAUAUGACAUUUAUAUAGAUAUAGAUACAUAUAUACGAUGGUGUUGCUUUUUAUAAUAUGCGUGUGAUGCAUACUAGUUAAGCACUAGUUUGGAUUUUCAUUUUCAAAUUUUGGAUUGUAGACUGGAAUAUGUUUAUAUUUGCUCAGACCAUGCAUAAUUCCCAGCUAAGAGUGAGAUCUUUACCAAA